AUGCUUGGACGUGGAAAUGCAAAUGCUGAAGGUGGUGAUCCAGACUGCACUGAAGUGUUAGAGGACAACUCUCGUAGUAUUCUGAUGGGUAUCAUCAGCCAAUUAAGAAAGGACAUGGAUUUGCAUAGAGUGACACUUCCUACUUUUGUCCUGGAGCCUCGGUCAAUGCUUGAAAGAGUCACCGAUUUUAUGAGUCAUCCAGAAUUGCUCAUCGAGGCAAGCACAAAGACAGAUCCCCUAGUACGAUUCUUGGACGUAGUGCGAUACUUUUUAUCAGGAUGGCAUAUUAAACCAAAAGGAGUAAAAAAGCCAUACAACCCUGUAUUAGGUGAAAUAUUCAGGUGCAAGUAUAAAUACAGCAAUGGCACGGAAGCAACAUACGUUGCCGAGCAAGUAUCUCAUCACCCGCCCAUCUCCGCCUAUUACUAUGGUAGCCCUGAAAAUGGCGUUUACAUUCAAGGUGAUCUUAGACCUAAAUCGAGGUUCCUCGGAAACAGUGCCGCUACAUUAAUGGAAGGCGAGAAUCAUAUCGUCUUUACGCACUUGCACAAUGAAAGAUACGAUAUUACGAUGCCUAACGUCUAUGCGAGAGGAAUAUUAUUCGGUAAAAUGGUUUUAGAGUUGGGCGACAGUUGUGUCGUUCGAUGCCGAACAAGCGACUUGGUAUGCGAGCUUGAUUUUAAAACCAAGGGCUUCUUUUCAGGGCAGUACAACUCAGUGUCAGGCAAAGUUAAAAAGGAAUCAACGGGCGAGGUGCUUUACGAGAUAUCAGGUCAAUGGUCCAAUGAGAUUUACAUCAAGAUGGCCAAGGCCUCCAACAAGACACUCUUUUUUGAUGUGAAAUCGUCCACAAUUCAUCCCAAGGUGGUGCAAGACAUUGAUGAGCAAGAGCCACUAGAAUCCAGAAGACUCUGGUCCAAGGUGACAUCAGCCAUUCUCAAAGACGAUAUGGAUACAGCAACGGACGAAAAGACGCUUAUAGAAGACAGACAGCGCGAGGAAACCAAGCUUCGUGAAGCUGAGGGCAGAGAGUUUAGUCCACGAUUCUUCAAUGUUACCUAUGGUGAUCAAUACGAGUUUAAGGGUAUUUCAAGUUUUAACUAUCAGAAUAAAAUGAAGGCAAAAAGUGAAUUGGAAAACGUGGUGUUCCCUCCAUUACAAAGUGCUACUCAAACGGCCGAACCUUCACCAUCCAAUAGUAUCAAAAACGCAAAUAAUGUUAGCAAAUCUGCAUUUCCUAUUGCCUAUUAA